AUGUCCUUCUUCAUUCGCUCCUCACUGCGUAGAGCGGCACUUGGUCCUCUUGGCCGAGUUUCUCGUCCUCCAGCUUCAUUCUCUACGGCGGCAUCUUCGACGGGCUCGUCUUCCUCCACGUCCGACAGUCAACAACCUCAAAAUAAACGUGGCCUCUCAACGACCUCCACGAUCCUCCUUGCCUCCCUUAUUGCCGCAACCUCAUACACCAUCGGAUCCAUCUUUCCUCCGCCACCGUUUACCAUCCUCUUCCCCCGCGCUGCCCCUCCUCCUCCUUCGAACCCGGACUCAGAAGAGUCGAAACGGUACACGGAGGACCUCGAAAGCAAGCUCCACACCCUACCCAGCGUGCAGGCACAUCGUACCUCAGAGGCGCAGGAGUGGUACGAGACGCGGCCGUACGCGAACUUUCCGGAGGAGCGCAGGGUGAACAACCUGACGGCGGGCGCGCUGAGGGGGCCGGGGAAGCUGGCGCUGAAGCCGCUUGUGCGGGCGCGCAAGGACGAGACGGAGGCGCUUGUGUGGAUACACCUGGGCCGCGGCCUCUGUGGGCACGACGGGAUCGUGCACGGGGGGCUGUUGGCGACGCUGUUAGACGAGACGCUCGCGAGACAGGCGAUCAGUAAUCUCCCCGACAAAGUGGGCGUGACGGCGCAGUUGUCGAUAAACUACAAGGCCCCUACGCGAGCUGAUCAGUUCAUUCUGAUAAAAACGAAACUCGUCGAAGCGAAGGGCCGCAAGGCGCGCGUCUCGGGCGUCGUGGAGGAUCUCGAGGGGAAUAUCCUCGUCGAAGCCACAGCGACGUUCGUCCAGCCGCGGUACGCCAAGCUGCUCAAGCCCGAGGUGCUCAAGCACGCGAUGGGCGAGCCCGCGCACUCGCAUGAGCCCGUGCUCAUUGCGGACGGGGAGAAGAUGCGCGGGCCGCACGAUGAUGGCGUCACGAAGUAA